AUGGCUGCUCCCGCUGAUGCUCCCGCCCCCACUGGGCUGGCCCUCUACUCCCGCUUCGCCCUUGCCGGUGCCAUCUGCUGCUCCGUCACCCACGGUGGUCUUACCCCCGUCGAUGUCGUCAAGACCCGUAUCCAGCUCGACCCCGUCACCUACAACCGUGGUCUGAUCGGUGGUUUCCGCCAGGUCGUCCAGAGUGAGGGUGCUGGUGCCCUCCUCACUGGUGCCGGCCCUACCUUCGCCGGUUACUUCCUCCAGGGCGCCCUGAAGUUCGGUGGAUACGAGUUCUUCAAGAAGCAGGCCAUCAACACUCUCGGCCUCGAGACUGCUUCCCAGAACCGUACCGCCGUCUACCUUGCCUCCUCCGCCUCCGCCGAGUUCUUCGCCGAUAUCGCCCUCUGCCCCCUUGAGGCUACCCGUAUCCGUCUUGUCUCUGAGCCUACCUAUGCCAAUGGUCUCAUCGGUGGUUUCUCCAAGAUGCUCAAGAACGAGGGUAUCGGUGCCUUCUACGCCGGUUUCGGUCCUAUCCUCUUCAAGCAGAUUCCUUACACCAUGGCCAAGUUCGUGGUCUUCGAGCGUGUCUCCGAGGCUGUCUUCAAGGCUUGGCCCAAGGAGUCCCUCUCCGACGCCCAGCAGACCAUUGGUAACCUCGGUUCCGGUUUGAUUGCUGGUUUCGCUGCUGCCAUUGUUUCUCAACCCGCCGACACCAUGCUUUCCAAGAUCAACAAGACCAAGGGUCUCCCCGGUGAGGGCACCAUCUCUCGUCUCGUCAAGAUCGGCAAGGAGCUCGGUCUUAAGGGUUCUUUCACUGGUAUUGGUGCUCGUCUGGUCAUGGUUGGUACUCUGACCGCCGGUCAGUUCGCCAUCUACGGUGACCUCAAGAAGUACUUCAACGCCACCGGCGGUGUUGAGAUCGCCAAGUAA